AUUGCAAAUCUCCCUGUAGAGUGCAACAGUUUCUGCCAAAAUGAAGAUGUAAAGUCCAUUUUACAUUCAAUUUCAGGAUUAUACUUUAUUAUAUUUUGUGCAUUUUCAAGCAUGACAAAUAACAAGAAAACAUGCAAUUUGAUCCAAGGCCUCUCACACUCAGGAGGUCAUAUAGAGCAGUACAUUACAUGGUGAGCUACAUUUCUGCUAUAUACUGUCUUCAACAAACAUCUUGAUGAAAAGCUCACAACAUGCUCUGCAACCUCACAGACAAACAAAAGCGCAAUACUCAUAUGGCCACAGACCCUCAUCACAACAUUCACAUCCUGUAUGGAAACCAUUUCUUGAGUGAGUAUGUCUGUGUGAGGGUGAGCUGGCCAGGUUUAAUCUUCACACUUCACAUACAUGCUUCACUUCUCCAAUAUCAUACGCAGAAAUUAGCUUUUACUCCUUUUUGUUUGUUGCAGUAACAUUAAUAGAAAGCUGCGGUUUAGACUUAAGGAACUUACAUCGAAACAGAACAGCAGAUGCAGGUACUCACUACCGGUGGGAUGGAGGAUUUUCGUAAUUAUUUGGGCAUUUACUGGAUGUUUUCUGUGAUAUGUUGCAUGUUCUGGAUUUUCUCACCAGCAGAAGGAAACACCAUCACAGGGGUGGUUGGCAGUGAAGUGAUCCUGCCCUGUAAGAACGAGUCAAACAGCACGCUCUAUCAGCUGAUAUGGAAAAGGAACGGGACUAUCCUGUUCGGCUUCCACCCAGAGAGACCCUUACAUAUCGGGGAAGAAGCUCUCCGCCUGAACAUAAAUAUGUCGGAAAGCGAACUGUACCCACUGGUCAUUAAGAGUGUCCAAAAGUCUCAUACAGGAAACUACACCUGUGAUUUCAACACGGAAAAAAGAACUCAUGAGCGGAAGUGGGAGCUAAUAAUUGCAGACCCAGAGUUUAAGAAAGCUAGAAACAUGCUAGUGAUUGCUGUGGCAUCUAUUGUUCCUUGUGUGUGUUGCCUGAUCUUUAUAAUAGCUUGGAUCAUUCUGCAUAGAAUCCGCAAACAACGUGCAGAGGAUCACUCUCCCACUACAGAAAUGCAAGAGAAAGAAGAAGAUAUUUAUGAAAACUGUCUGGAAAUUGAAGUUAGUCAACGACGUGGCUACAAUCAGCAUCACCGUUAUAAACACAGGACUCGCUGAUAUCAAGUGCAGUACAACAAUCUAAAAGGGAAGGGGACUACAAAAGGCAAGGGAGUAUUGGAAGUGGGUACAUGUAUGAAACUGCUCAUUUCAUAUCAACCAUCUGUUCUGGAAUACAAACAAAUCUAAAAAUAGGAUUUUUCACAUUCUCUGUCCAAGUUACUUUCACUCUCGAUAAUACAUUUCUUCAAAUUUGGCACAAAUGUCCACUUGGACUCAAAGAGGAAGUAAUUAGACUUGAGGGGUAUAAGGUCACUGUAACUCUACAAAGAGUAAGACUAUGGCCUGUCAUCAGUGACUCAUUGGAAAGACAUGAUUAGAGUUUUCACAACCAGACACAAGCCAGACUUAUAAGGGGUUGUGGGUGAAAACCCCUGAUAGCAAUUAUGUGCUCUCAUGGAAUUAGGCGUGUCUGCUCGUGUUGUGAUGUGGCUCAUGAGUGCAGCUGUUUGGACUCCUGCUUUAGAUAAACCAGCCAAAACUGGUGCAUUUCAGUAGUUAUAUGUUCUCAACUAAUGAUGGGUGACACAAAACACACUUGAGAGAAACUAUGUGUUUUCAUAGUCUAAAUGAAAAUGCAAACUGCCAUUUGUCCUUUUCAUUUCAUAUGAGCAGACCUCAUGAAAUCUCAAAUUCAAAUGCUCAGGUUGCAUUUUCAAGGUGUACAGUUUCUGCCAAAAUGAAGAUGCAAAAAAAAAAAAAAAAAGAUCCAUUUUACAUUCAAUUUCAGGAUUGUACUUGUAUGGAUUCUUUGUGCAUUUUCAAAACAAAAUAUGAUCCAAGGCCUCUCACACUCAGGAGGUCAUAUAGAGCAGUACAAUACAUGGAGCUACAUGUCUGCAACAUAUUUGUCAUGAUCUUGGUUUUGGUUUAGUUUGUUUCCUGUUUUAUUUUGAAGUUGCCUGCCUCUUGUGUCCUGUGUUUGUUUGACUUCCUGUCUUUGUGGUCUCCCUUUUUUUUCUGUGCAGCACCUGUGUUUGUCUUGUCUCCUCCAAGUUAUGCUUUCUUGUUUUGUCAUUUGUCAGUAUUUCUUUAUUUUGUGUUACUUACCUCUCCUCUCAUUUCAGGUCACUUCACUUCCACCCUUUGUGCGUUUUCCCGCCACUGUGAUUGUCUGCCCCUCGCGGUUUUGAUGUCUCUGCCUGUUUAUGGUGUAGAUGGUCACAGAUUAUGGACUAAAAAUAAACAUAUCCCACAAAUUCCAUUUAGUGUGCAACGUCCUUUGAUUGCAGUGAUGGCAAUAUGUAUGUCAUUAUAAGACCUUUAGUUGAGUUUUUGAUUAUAGACCUACUGGUUUAGGAUAUAAUCAUAAGUGAAAUGGAAAAUUUUUGUGUUCAAAGUCAGUCAUUAAAAUUUGAA